GUAAAAAGAUGGCCGCUGAACGCGGUUGAAACAUUUACUUUCGAAAAUGUCGUUCUCUUCUUAAAUGAGUGAGUCCGAAGCACCUUGCUCAUGGUUUGGCGUUGCUAAUUCUCAAUUAUGACGGCCAAUAUGUACAGAGUCGGAGAUUAUGUCUAUUUCGAGACAUCGUCUACAUCCCCCUACCAGAUCAGGAGGAUCGAAGAGCUUAUCAAGACCCCGAACGGGAAUGUGGAGGCCAAGGUGAUGUGUUUCUUCAGGAGGAGGGACAUUGCCACGUCCCUGGUCAUGAUGGCCGACAAGCAGCGUCAUGAAAACAUAGAUGCUACUUUGAUUAGUGCCUUGGAGGAGGAGCAGGAUCGAGAGGCGGAGCAGCUGGCGGAGAAGGAGCGGCACCAGCUCAAGCACCGGGAGCUGUUCCUCUCGCGCCAGGUGGAGACGCUCCCUGCCACCCACAUACGGGGGAAGUGCUCCGUCACCCUGCUCAACGAGACGGAGUCCCUGCUCUACUACCUCAACAAGGAGGACUGCUUCUUCUAUUCGUUGGUGUUCGACCCCCAGCAGAAGACCCUGUUGGCCGACAAGGGAGAGAUCAGAGUGGGGCCCAGGUACCAAGCAGAGAUACCCCCCAUGAUGCCCCCAGGUGCCGUGGAUCCCAGAGACUCUGAAGUGUUGGAAGAGUUGGCCUACACCCCACACCACAGCCUGACAGACAGACAGAUCGACCAGUUCCUCAUCAUCUGCCGGUCUGUGGGCACGUUUGCCAGGGCCCUGGACUGUUCGAGUUCUGUGAAACAGCCCAGCCUGCACAUGAGUGCUGCGGCAGCAUCGAGAGAUAUCACCUUGUUCCACGCCAUGGACGUGCUCCAUCGUCAUGGCUACGAUGUGACGGGGGCCCUCUCGAGCCUGGUGCCCCAGGGGGGCCCCGUGCUGUGCAGGGACGAGAUGGAGGAGUGGUCUGCAUCUGAGGCCAACCUCUUCGAAGAGGCCCUGGAAAAGUACGGGAAGGACUUCAUAGACGUCAGGCAGGAUUUUCUGCCCUGGAAGAGCCUGAAGAACGUGAUCGAGUACUACUACAUGUGGAAGACCACUGACCGCUACGUCCAACAGAAGAGGGUCAAGGCCGUGGAAGCUGAGUCCAAGCUCAAGCAGGUCUACAUCCCAAACUACAACAACAAGCCCGGUGUCCUGAAUGGGGCAAGCGCUGGAGAGAGCCCCUCUGCCAGUGGGAGACCCUGCGAGAGCUGCUACACUCCCACCUCUAGUCAGUGGUAUGCCUUCGGUCCUGCCCACCUGCAGUGCCGCCUGUGCCAGUCCUGCUGGAACUACUUCAAGCGCUACGGGGGACUCAAGUACCCCACCAGGCUCGAAUCGGUGGAUCUGAUUGGAGGGAGUGGGGGUGAGAGGAUGCAGGGGGCCCACGUGGCCUCACACAGACCCCACAGGUGCACGAUCUCAGGAUGCGGGAAGGAGUUCAAGCUGAAGGCGCACCUGGCCCGGCACUGCGCCACGGCCCACGGGCUGGUGAUCCGGGCGGGCAGCCCCCGGCCCAUCAUGAAGACCCGGGCUGCCUUCUACCUGCACACCACCCCCCUCACCCGCAAGGCACGCAGGUUCGCGGCACGGCUCCUCCGGCCCCGGCACCAGGCACGGAACCCCUUCCAGCCCAUCAACAUCAUGGCCAUCAAGCAGGAGUACCACACCCACGUGGUGGAGGGGUCGGCCCCCCUUCCGGAGCGAGUGCCCCCCCAGGAGGGGGCGAGGGGCAAGGUGGUGGACGUGAGCCACCGCCUGGGGACCCCCAACCUGCCUCCCCCCGAGUGGCUCCUGCCCCACCCCCCCCUCGACAAGAUACCCAAGCCAGAGAGGGAGGCAUUCCCCCCGCCGCCCAGGAACCAAGACGGCUCCCUCUCCAUCCCCCGGCACCCCCUGGACAUCGAGCAGGACAACGCCGUGCGGCUGACCCCCAGCAUCGCCAGCGCCUCCCCCACCAUCCUCAGGAAGAGGGGCUACGAGCAGCAGAACGGGACGGGACAGCCCGAGGUGUCUUCCGUGCCCCCCAAGCGUCGUGCCCUGGGCGGGGGCGGCAUCAAGCCGGCGGCGCCCCCCUCGAAGCAGCCGCCGCCUCAUCCCGGGGUGGUGGUCCCGCCCCCUCCUCCUCCUCCACAUGCUGCUGCUGAACUGUUCCACGUGAGUGCCCUGACCGCCGCCCGCUCCAUGACCGGGACCAACGGGCGGUCCAAGAUGGCCGCCAUCCCCACCUCCCGGGUGGGAGGACGCAAGCAGAUGAUCAGUUGGGUGGACGCCCCGGACGACGUCUAUUUCGUGGCCACCGACGCCACCAAGAAGCUAAGAAGACAGAUCACCAUCCCUGAGCUGCGCCGCUCUGCCCGCAAGCCCCACCGCAAGCUGCACCUCAAGAUCCCCUUCUACUACGAGAGCAACCCCGUGGCGGCCGCACCGCCGCCCCUCCCGCAGCCCCCCUCGGACGCACAGCUGCCCCUGCCGCCCGUCGACUGAGCACUCCUCCUCCCGUCGGAGAACCCACG